UUCCCUCCCAUUCAGCAGCCCUGCGUUAACCUUUUCACUCCCUCUCUUCCUCUGUUUUCUUCUCAUCCCUUCAUUCUCUCACCUCUAUCCUCCAAACCACAUUACUUAAUCAAUAACUUUAAAGAAGUGCAUGUGUUGUAUUUCUAAAGCCAUAUAGACCUUCUGCCUCUCUCCUCGCUCUCUCUUUCCCUCUCUCCCUCUCUCUCUCCCUCCCUUGUCGCUCUGCUUUUCUCACUUCUCUUCUUCGUGUUCAGCAUUUGAAUGGAGAAGCUGGGUUCCCCGGACCCAGCACACCCUUCGCCGGGUGCAGGACCCGUUGAUGGCGUUUCUGUUGCCAAGAGGGCAAGGGCUGAGGGAGACGACGCGGCGGUGGCAGCAGUCAGCUCCAAACUUUUCCGAUGUGCGUGUGUGAGACGUUGGAUACCGCUGGCCUACAGAGAGGAACUCUACCAAGUCUUACGGCUCACAGGUCCACUGCUGCUGUCUCGGAUGCUGAACUUCCUCAUGCCAUUUGUUAUCAGCAUAUUCUGUGGUCACAUUGGCAAUGCAGAACUGGCUGGAUACGCACUGGCCUCAGCGAUGAUUAACGUGACCACAACUGCAACAGGCUAUGGCCUCGCCCUGGCCUGUGACACACUCAUUUCUCAGACAUUCGGCGGUAAGAACAUGAAACGUGUGGGAGUAAUCCUCCAAAGGAGUUCAUUGAUCCUGCUGCUGUUUUGUCUGCCCUGUUGGGGUCUUCUCAUCAACACGCACAACUUGCUGCUCAUCUUGCACCAAGAGAAUGAGGUGGCGAGAAUUGCCCAGCUCUACGUGAUGGCAUUUCUUCCAGCUGUUCCAGCCAUGUUCCUGUACCAUCUGCAAGUUUCCUACCUACAAAACCAAGGGAUCAUUCUGCCUCAGUUCUACACAGCAGUAACAGCAAACAUUAUUAAUUUGGGGGCCAACUACGUCUUAAUCUACAGCCUCGAGUUGGGAGUCGUUGGAUCAGCAAUAGCUAACAGCCUCUCUCAUAUCGCCAUCUGCCUGCUGCUGUAUGGCUACAUCAGAUGGAAGAAGCUCCAUCAGCUGACAUGGGGAGGCUGGUCCACUGACUGUCUACAGGAGUGGGGCGCCUAUAUGAAGCUGGCUAUUCCCAGUACAUGCAUGAUCUGCUUUGAAUGGUGGAUGUGGGAGAUUGGCGGUUUCCUUGCUGGUGUGCUGGGAGAGGUGGAUCUGGCUGCCCAGCAUGUGUUGGUAGAAGUAGGAGCCAUAACAUUUAUGUUCCCUCUAGGUGUCCAUGCAGCUGCCUGUGUGCGUGUUGGGAAUGCUCUGGGGGCCGGGGACACUGCCAGGGCCAUAGUCACCUGUAAAGUUGCGCUGGUUCUGGCAGGAGUGCUUGCGCUGUUCCAGGCUAUUGUCAUCGCUGGCUGUAAAUCCAUCGUUGGCUACAUAUUUACAUCUGAUAAAAACAUUGUGGAGAUUGUCUCAAAUAACCUGACAGUCUACACAUUUCUACAAUUCUUUGAUGCUCUUCUGUGUGUCUGCUCAGGGAUUCUUAUAGGAUCUGGGAUGCAGAAAAUUGCUGCCGUGUCCAACCUGGUGGGUUACUACUGCAUCGGUCUGCCAGUGGGAAUAGCUCUGAUGUUUGCUGCCGAGCUCAGAAUAUUAGGAUUCUGGCUAGGUAUAUUUACAUGUGUUUUCUUGGAGACGGGUUUCUUCCUCUUUCUAAUCUUCAAACUCAACUGGAAGAAAGUCACAUACAAGGCUCAACUGCGAGCUGGAAAUAAAGUGAUGGUGAUACCAAAGCGUCCUGUUAGUACAAUGCUGAGUGAAGCGAUGGUGCCUGACAUCUCUGACUGCCUUGAUACAGUCCAGUUGAACAGUGAGAAAGCUCCUAAAACAGAGGGCUACAGUCCAGUCAACACCCAGGAGCAGGAGCUGAAAGUGGGUCACGAGGCUGAGGCCAACAACACAAAUACGGGAAGAGCUGAGGGGGAUGCUGAAAGUAUCAAAAAGGCUUCAAACACCAAAACUCCAGUGCUGCUUUCUGUCACCGAUCUGAUCUUGCGCCGAGGACUCGUCUUCUUGGUUUCAGUUCUCAUUUUAGCCAUAGGUGUCGCUUUUCACAUUGCUUUCCCUGUACAGGAGCCCUCCGCCCAGAGCAGGGCCAACUUUACCCAGAACUGGACUAAUGACUCUACUCCUACACCAAUGGCUCCACAGGACCUGACCCCAAACCCCUGAGCUAUAUUUGACCUCUGAAUGUAGACAUGUAGCAGCUGAACGUGAUUCUCACAAACUGACAAUUUAGAUUUCCUAGUGAGAAAAGUGUUGAAUUUAUAGUCUACUUGAAUACCCGGAUUGUUAAUAUGUAAAACUACAGCCUGACAUGGGAUACUGGAUUUGCCAUGUGUGAAGAAAAGUAUGUCUCAGUGGUACACUGUUGAGUUAAUCCACCAAAAGUUGGAAGCAAUAUCAAAUGAGACCGACAUUGGCUGGAUGAACAAAGGUCCUGUUACAAAAGUCAUAUUUUAACCUGAUCGACCCGAGAUGCUAAACCGGGACUACAAGACACACAAUAAAUCCCUCACAUCAAGAAACAGAUGUUCUUCCACAGAUGAUUGAUUUUUCCACAUUUUCUCAUCUUGAUUUACAUUUUGCCCUUUAACAUCGUCUGUCUAACUGACCUUUAAUCAUUUUCUCGUGUUUUAACUGUAAGCCCUGGUAUUCUCCAGGACAGAGGUGAUUGAUGAAUGAUGAAUAUUACGCAAAUUUUUACUGUAGAUUGAUGGCCAAAAUAAUGUAUAGGCCAUAUGAUGGUACCCUAAUCAAUAAACAUGACUAGAAUCAAAACUAACCAAGCAAAAUCUAAUAUUUCCUCAAGAAAUGUAUUAAAGUCUGAACUGCAGACUACAGACUGAACUCUUCUUCUUGAGUUUAGUUGAAGGGAAGAAAUACAAACCAUGUUGCCAAUGAUUGAAAAGUGACACCAAUUGCUGAGGUCCUGCAGGUAUAGCCACAGCAUCCAACUGUACUGAAGGGCACAAAAUGCUACUCUUGGUUCCGAGGUCGUGGACCCAACCGCUCACGAAAUAAUUGUAAGCCUUUAAACUCUUGUACGCCUUCAUCUGGCAAGCGGUGUAGUAGGAGGUCUGGAAGACGAGGUAAUUUGAAAUGUUGAUGGCCUUCAAACAGGGCAAAUCGGUAAAGUUGUGGGAAAAAUCGCUCUUCUUCAUUUUGUAGGGAUUAUAUCCAAUAUGUGUUUCUAUUUUCUGGCAAUAACUGCUGCGUGCAGGUUCAACCAACCCUUUUAUGUAUCCACUUUCCUCCAUUUCCAAUUUCGUGCUGUAUUUAGGUUCUUCACUUCCUGCCCUCCAUUGAAUUCCAUUCAGUCCCCAGUUCACUCAUCACUCUUCACUCGUAAUUCUGUGGCAAUUCUGUAAAACUUUAGUCCAAUGUUGGCCAUCAAUAUUGACAAUCGAACAUGCAACAACCAGACAUUUUGAUAAUGUUAACCGUUUCAAUUCAAUGUUUAAAGCUGGCUAUCUCAUGUGAAUGGCAGUGACAAAACGCUACUUCCUUUGGCAACAUGCGCACGCAUAUCUUUGAUCAUGUUGGCUGUAAAAGGUAUUUAUAGUGUCAGCCACCCACACCAAACCAACCCACCUCAUUCAGUCCAGCUAAUGAAUGAAAAGCAUCUGUAUGAAGUGUGAGAUGUCUACUCUGAGCCUAUGUGAGAUGAAGAUAUUGACUGGUUGUUAAUGGAAAAUGUACAUGCCCAAUCACAACAGCAAAUAAAAGUGCCAUGCCAUUA